AUUGAAGACGGGUUUUGUGCCGAGAACUGCAAGGGUUGCGGACACGCUGGACACGUAUAGAAGACUUGCAGACGUUAUCGGAAACAUGAGUUGAUGAAAUUGAAAACGGUGUCAAUGCUUCAAUAACACGAUGUUCUUCUUCAAUUUGAAAAUAGAAACACAGAUUUCAAUUUCGUAAACACGUGUUUACCUUUAGCUAGAAAAAGCAGUGGAGACGCCUCAUACUUGGUGAUUGCAAGUGCAGUUGAUGCAGUGCGGUGUAACCGCUACUGGACGAUGAACAUCGCAAAGUGACUAUAUCUUGAUGACACCCGGUCAGUGACGAGAUUCUACGUGAUACAGUAGUCCAUGUGACGAGAGCGAUUACAGUCACAGCCGGUCGUCGUAAAUUUGUUGACUUGGUGCUCCUCGCCAGUUUACCGCGGAACUCUCGCCAGAACAGUCCGUUGGUCGUCGAGAUCUUCACCGUGGAUUAUAUAAUUUUCGUGAAAAACGGUGAUUCUAGUGCCGCCGCCGCGAGUGUGUGAUCUUAAAUUAGUUUCCGUUGAUUCGUUUUUUACUACCGAAUCAGCACGUUUUCAACGGUUUAACACAAAAUGCAUUUCACGUCGCUUCUGCUGACCACGCUGCUGCUCGCAUUUGCCCCGCUGGCGACCGGCUCCAAGAUACUGGUGCUCGUCCCGUUCCCGGCGCCCAGCCACUGGCUGUGGUUGGAGCACUUUGUGCAGGAACUGCUCGAACGGGGCCACCAGGUGACCGCGAUCUCGAACUUUGCCGCCAAGGAGCGCCACCCCAACUACACCGAGAUCCUGAUCGACCCGCCGUUCGACAUACCGUACUAUUUUCCUGUGUCAGAUAUUUUUGAGGCUAAAUACACCAGCGAUUUGUCCAACCUGUUACUGUACUGGAAUGUAGGACUCACGACGACUAAAUUUGCUUUAGAGAACCCUAACGUUCAGCAGUUCAUCGAGCAGGAUGACAGCGUGUUCGACCUGGUCAUCUCCGAGCAGUUCUACCAGGAAGCAUUUCUCAUGUUUGCCCACAAGUAUCGAGCUCCGAUCGUUACCAUAGGAUAUUCGGACUUUAUGGAUCGUGCGAUGGGUUUGCUGACUCCAUGGUCGUUUGUACCACAUCCGAUUCUGCUGUACAUGGACGACAUGACGUUCAGUCAGCGAUGUUACAACUUCAUGGUAUCAGCGGUAGAUGCGUUGAUUCGCAAGUACUACUACUUGCCCCGACAGGACAAACUAGCCCAGAAGUACUUCUCAGCGAUUGAAGGUCCCGAAUCCUUCCCAUCCGUGUACGAGCUGGAAAAGUCCAUCUCGGUAAUGCUGAUCAACAGCCACGUCUCAACUUCCCCACCGAGGCCGUCGAUCUCAGGCCUGGUCAACGUUGCCGGAGCGCACAUCCAACCGGCCAAGCCACUUCCGGCGGACAUCCAGCGAUUCCUGGAUGGGGCUACCGAGGGUGCCAUCUUUUUCAGUUUGGGAUCGUACGUGCAGAGUUCCGACAUGCCCAAGGACAAACUGAAAGCAUUUUUCGAAGUUUUCCGCAAUCUCAAGCAGAAAGUGCUUUGGAAGUUUGAGGACGAAACGAUGACGAACGUUCCGCGGAAUGUGAUGGUCCGAAAGUGGCUGCCACAGAGUGAUAUUCUGGCCCAUCCAAAGGUGGUAUUGUUCAUCACUCAUGGCGGCAUGUUUGGUAGCCAGGAGGGUAUCUUCCGUGGAGUCCCCAUGUUGUUCAUACCAUUUUACGGUGAUCAACACAGGAAUGCUCUUAGGGCGGAACGGGCCGGCUAUGCUCUUACGUUAAACUUUGCCGACGUGAACGCCAUCACGCUGGGAUCUCGGAUCAACGAACUGCUCACAAAUCCAGCGUUCAACAGACUAGCCAAGAAAGCAUCGGAACUGUUCCGCGACAACCUGGUGCCACCAAUGGACGAGGCCAUGCACUGGAUCGAGUACGUCAUCCGCCACAAAGGGGCCAAACAUCUCAAGUCCAUCUCGGUGGAUUUCAACUGGGUCCAAUACUUGAUGCUGGACGUUCUAACAUUCUUCGUGAUUGCCAUCCUACUCACAUCGUUCCUUGUUUACCACAUUAUCGGUGCAUUUCUCGAAAAGCCAACGAAACACAAAUCGAAAGAUCAUAAAAGGCCAACCGUCCCUCCCAAAGUCAGAACCGUUAAAAAAGUUAAAGCGAAUUAA